AAGGUCUGCAGUGCACUUCGAUCACAUCUGAAUUGUUUGAUUUGUAAUUUUAAACUGUGAGGCAGAGGAGGAAAUCAAGAGAAAUGUGUCUUUGAACCAAACCUCAUGGAGGGCACUGUGACCCUGAAGUGUGCUCAUUAUUUUUACUGACUUUAUGAAGUUAAUUCUACACUUUUAUUUUCACAGGGCUUUCCCAUUUCACUUGGUCAUACACUGAGGUGUCUAAUGGUCUCCACCUCAGGGCUGUCUAUGUGAGAAGUGAAUCUGAGAGGAGAAGGGCAGACACUUAAGAGAGAGAAGAGUUUCCCACAGAGCAUGGCCUCUGCCAAAGAAGAUGGUGUGGAUGAAAGAAUGGUGGACAUUAAAGAAGAGGACUGUGAGUGGCUCACACCAGAGGAUGUGUGUGUGAAGCUGGAGGAUCACGAAGAAAGAAUUUCAGUUUUUAAAGAGGAGGAGGAGUGCAAGGGGGUGACUGCUGUCAUUAAAGCUGAGGAUUUGAAUGAUUUCUCCGUUGGUCUUGAACUUCAAAAGCAUGAAACUGAGGACAUUUUCAAACAAGAUGCCUGUGAAGAAUCUCCAUCCAGUUUACAGCCCUGGUCCACUAAUACGGGACGACUGGUUAUGCAGGAGAAUUCUGCAGAGCUGGAACUAGAGUUAUCAGAGUCUGAAGAGAAAAUCACCGAGGGAAAUGAGAGAAAAGGAGAAGAGUCACCUGGGAGUGUUGGAAUAAAUUUACAGGAGAAUGUCAACUUCUCUCCACCUUCAUUUGGUCAGCCCUGUCCUCAAUACAAAGAGAAAGGUAUGAAGAAAUCAGCAAGAGGAUCAGAGGACCUGACAGCCAUUUUGCAGUGUAGUUCUCUCCCUGCUACUGGAGUAACACAAACGGAAGCCAUUAAAACUGAUCGACAGCAAGUGGAGAAAGAAAUCCAAAUUCACACUGGAAAAAAAUGUUUGGAAUGUGGCAAACAAUUCACACAAAAAAGUGAUCUUAAUAAGCAUAUGAAAAUUCACACUGGAGAUAAACCAUAUUGUUGUCAUGAAUGUGGUAAGUCAUUCUCAAGGAGUAGCAGUUUUCAAAGUCACAGAAGAAUCCACACAGGUGAAAAACCUCAUUACUGUCCAGAAUGUGGAAAAUCGUUCUUAAGGAGAAGCAGUCUUCAGAACCACAGAAGAAUACACACAGGAGAAAAACCUCAUUGCUGUCCAGAAUGUGGUACGUUGUUUUUAAGCAGAAGCAAUCUUCAGAACCACAUAAGAAUCCACACCGGAGAAAAACCUCAUUGCUGUCCAGGAUGUGGAAAGUUGUUCUCACGUAUAAGCAAUCUUCAGACGCACAGAAGAAUUCACACAGGUGAAAAACCUUAUUGCUGUCCAGAUUGUGGUACGUUGUUCACAAACAAAAGAAAUCUUCAGAACCACAUAAGAAUCCACACAGGAGAAAAACCUCAUUGCUGUCCAGAUUGUGGAAAGUCGUUCUCAUGUAUAAGCUAUCUUCAGAGGCACAGAAGAAUCCACACAGGAGAAAAACCUCAUUGCUGUCCAGAUUGUGGAAAGUUGUUCUCAUGUAUAAGCUAUCUUCAGAGGCACAGAAGAAGCCACACAGGAGAAAAACCUCAUUGCUGUCCAGAAUGUGGUAAGUUGUUCUCAUGUAUCAGCCAUAUUCAGAGGCACAGAAUAAUCCACAGAGGAGAAAAACCUGAUAGCUGUUCAGAAUGUACCGAACAAUUUUCUGACAAAUGCAGUUUUUAAAGGCACACAGAAAUUGAUGCUGGAGAGAAGCCAUAUUGAUGUUCUCAAUGUGUAAAAAGGUUUUAAACAUUUGCUGUUUUCAAGUAAACAGACAAACUCCCACGAAAGCAAAAAUGCAGUUUGUAUGUUCUGAAUGUGGCAAAUGUUAUACAAUCCAGAAAGGUCUUUAUCCACAUGCCAAAAUCCAUACUGAAGAAAAAUCUCAUUGCUGUUCUGAAUGUGAGAAACUAUUCUUAUAUUUAAGCACACUUCAGUGCCACAUCAGACAUCACACCGGACAGAAACCUCACCAUUGCUUGGAAUGUGGCAAACAAUUCUUACUUGUCAGUUCACUUUAGAAUCAUAGGAGACGUCAUACUGGAGAGAAGGCUUACAGUUGUACUGAAUGUGGAAUGUGAUUCUCCUAUAACAGUUCUCUUCACAAUCAUAAAAUAAUUCAUUCUGGUAAGAAACAACGCUGUUGUGACUGUGGCAAGCUUUUCUCAGACAGCACGACUCCUAAAGAUCACAUGAGAAUUUACUCUGGAUAGAAAACUUUUUGCUGGCCAGAGUGUGGCAAAUGAUUCUGAUGUCCAAGCGCACUUAGGUGCCACAGAAGGAUCCACACUGGAGAGAAGCAGUACACCUGUUCUGAAUGUGGUAAAGGGUACUCUUCCAGAAAAAGUUUUCAGACACAAAGCCAUAUUGGAGUAAAGCCUGUCCCAGAAAUGUCAAAUGAUCUUCCCAUUGGAUCUUCAGGCAAAAAAAAAAAGAAGAAAAAUCUUUUGAAUGCGGUAAAGGAGUCCAGUUGAAAGUAGUUAAUAAGCACAUAAGAAUAGUGAAGAAAACACUGAAGGUGGCAAACAGAUCGUAGAGGUAAGGUAACCUCAGAGCCACAUGUGAACUCACACUGGAAUGGACUCAUUGGAGUACAACACAUAUUUCACAAACAGCAAGAAUCUUCUUCAAGAACUUCAUUGUUGUCCUAAAUGUGGUUAAUGCUUUUCAGACAGAGGUGGUCUUCAUUGUUCUGAAUGUUGAAAGUGGUCCUCCUGCCGUCUUCAGCAACACGUAAGAUUUCAUUAGGGACUCAGAAACUGUACUGCCAGGGUUGUUAGCCAUACAGAGACUGAUCAUCUCUGCACCAGUGCUGUGACAUAAGAUGGUGAACAAUACAAACACCAGACAACAGAAUGAGGUAGCAACAGUACUGUGCGGUGAUAACAACUUCAGCCACAGAACACAACUGAAAAAGUUCAAU